CUUACAUAAAUACUGAUCGUCAUUCGAAUAAUAGUAUGAACGAAGAAAACUCUAUUGGGGUUUUUAAGUUUUGGAAAUUGAACUUGUUUCCAGAACUACUCACCAAUGGAUUUUGAUGUUUAAUAAAAUUAUCCGUCAAAACUCAUGCCGAUAUAUCCGAGAAGAUAUAAUUGUUCCCUGUGCUCUCAUAAUAUGACUGUGUACUGUAAAUAAACAACUCAAAGGGCCUCUGUACUCAGUCGAGUGUCCAUACCUGGAGCUGGCUAAUGCCCGCCGCCCACAAUGUCUAGAAUGCUCGGAGGGGGGCAAACUUUUUCGGAGUGAACUCUUGGAACAACCUGCCAGAGAGUGUUGUGAUGGCACCGAGUGUGAGCUGUUUUGAGACAAACAAAAGUACGAAAUGGGCAACAUGGCAUCGUUACUAAGCAAUAACCAACUCCCGGUUAUCUAUAUAACUGCUUUUGAUAAAUAUUGGACGUUUUCCAAUAACUCUAGCAAGGAGGCUGUCAACAAGCUAGACAUUCAAAAUCUUGAACAGGAACUUGGUGUUCAGAUAAUUAAAGAAACGUUUGAUGUUUCUUAUAAAAAGCUUAAACAUACUAUACCACAGAGAUGGGAAGAACUAAAACCUAAGCUAGUGGUCCAUGUUGGAAUGUCCCCGCGUGCCAAUGGGCUAAAAUUAGAGUGUGUUGCCCACAAUCUUUCAUAUGAAUAUAAUGAUAAUGACAGAAGCGUGCCUGAAAAUUUUGAGUGCAUUUUUGGUGGUGAGACCAAGAUUCGAACAGGAAUCUGCAUGGAGACAAUAUCCCGUGCUAUCAAUGAGAAUAAAAUGCUAAAGCUGUCAAGUACAAUAUCUGAUGAUGCGGGCAAGUUCAUUUGUGAAUAUGAAUAUUACCUGUCCUUGAGCCAAGAUAAAUCUCGAUCAGUAUUCAUUCAUGUUCCGCCUAUUAGUACGGAACACUCAGUCCAGGAUAUUGCAGAUGCCCUGGGUAUUGCCAUAAAAGAAUUGUACCACCAAGUUGAUGAAGUAGACAGCAGGAGGUAGGCACUCACAUGUUUGAGAAAACAGUCAUUUUGAAUUAAUGAGUAUUUCCAUAAAGCAUUUUAGUCCAUCCAUAGAGUGUACUGCAAUUGGUAAGAAUCUCCCCAAAAAGAUGUUUAUGGCUGAGUACCAAAAACAUGGACUGAAGACCAGGAGCAUUCAGUUUUCCAUUUCAUUGUCUCAGUUUGAAAUGAGAAAGUGUCAAGAACGCAUCCACUGUUGUAAUGGGUAUAUGAUAUUUACAGUAUAUACUUGCAUUAUCUGUAGGCAUAGAUCAUGUAAGUACUGUACAGUAGAACGUCGAUUUAAAGCAAAUUGAUUUAAAGCGACACCCACAAUUAAGGACACCUUAUUAAUUUAAACAGAAUUUUUCAUAUUUUCGCGAGUCAAAUCUGGCGCAGAUUACCCCGGGGGUUAGGUUACAAUUUCCAAUUUCAAGCUAAAAAUUUUCAAAAUGGAUCGUAAGUGCGCCAAACGCACCAUCCCACCUCUCUGUCUUCAGUUGCCGCAUGGGUAUUGGGUAUUGUCAUUUUUGUGUGCUUAAACCUCUGUCAUACUCAUUCAUAAUGCCCAAACACAAGCCAACUCUGUACUGUACAUGUACUCAAAUGUGAUAAAUAAUUUAUAAAAUUUUUAUGUCUAGUGCAAACUAUAGCAUAUUUGUAUUCAAAUUAAUCA